AGAUGUAGAUGCUUUGGUGGAAAAAUACAGUGUCCAACUUUAUUCUUAAAAUGAUGAGGAUUGUUGAUGUAAGAAUUACAUUUUGUGGUUCCGCAAUAGACAAAGACGACUCGUCUUAGUAAUCAGAGAGAGAGGGGGGGGGCAUCUUCCCAUCAGUGUUGGCGUGACAGCUGACCAUGGUUAGCACAACAAACAAACUCUGUCUCACUCUCUGUCGGUUGAUGUUUUGCUUUCUCUUGCACUCAGCCCUUGUGUUGUGUAUUUAUGCACGAGUCUGCUCUCGUCUUGUCAAACUAAGAGCGGCCUUGUAAUCGACGGCCACACCAGCUGUAACACGCACGCACGCACGCACGCUCGCACGCACGCUCGCACACACACCAAAUUGAAAGCAAAGAAACGCACAUGAAACACGUGCACACGACAGACCAAGGGAAUGUAAAGUGUUUUGUUUUUUUUCACAAUCACUAAUUCAGUUAACUAAUUCACAUGUACUUGUUAAAGUGACUCGGGGUAAAACAACGUCUAAAAAUAGAUCAAACGUCUCAUAAAUAGGCUUAACUGAGAACUGUAGCUUCACCUUGUUGCCCCAUGCAGACACGGUCACUUUGGCCUUGACAUUUACAGCCAAUGACGAAGUCAUGUUGCAUAAGAAACAGUAUAAGGUAUUCUGCAAGGGGUGUUUUGCUAAAUAUGCAAUAUAGGUUUUUGUGCUUUACUAUCCACCGUUUCCUUCACAUAUUUUUCACUCGGUUAUCCUUGUCCUGGAGACAUGUUGCUUCUCAUUAUGACCUCAAAAAGAUGGCCGGGUAUCAACAUCCUAAGGGCCGUGAAGGAGGACGGAUGGGUCAUAUUCGUUUCAUCUUGGUCAUAAAGCUGUGUUUCACUGAAGUCUGGGGAUAUUUUCUCUCCACAUACAGUACAGUAGGUGAUAGUAUUCAUGUAUGUAUGUAUUUAUUUAACUACUUGUGUUUACCUGGAGCUUCUAUUGGUUAAAAUUGUGUUACACCAUUAUGAAUAAACAUGGUGAUGUGCGCACUGGUACAUCAUGGUUGUUUUACUUGAUUAAGUAUGUAAGCCUAGCUAUCGUGACAACAAUAUGAAAAAUUACAUCUAUAUUUAUAUGGAUAAUAUUUUUUCUUAUAGUAUUAUUUCAUCUUUUUUGUUGUAGCAACUGCAAACUUACCCCAAAAAGUGGCCAUGGAAUUUGAUAUUUUAAAUACAUCUUCGUGAGACUGUCUUUAGCCUGAUAGCUGUUGGUUGUGGCCUUCUGUUAGCACCUUCAAGCUGGUUGACUUUAAAUUGUGCUCACAUUGUCAUUGAAAUGGAUGGCAUUUUGUCCUGAUAACUCAUCAUUGUUCUCCCAUGCACUCUGCAUGUACUCAUUUUGCCUCUCUCCAACUAAAAGGACCAAUCCUUGAAUGCCGGUUGUGUUCAUUCAUUUUGGGUUAGCCACGUCACCUCUGCCAACACCGCACUGCUUUCCUGCUAACUGCUUUUACAUGCUAUGCUGCUCAGGCCUUGGGAGUCUGAGCCUGUUACUAUAGCAACCUCACAGAAGGACACAGUGGAGGAGAGGAGGGGGCGGGAGCAAGCUAGUGAUACCACUACCCCUUGAUUGGCUGGAGGCAUCCUCUAAACCCCGCCCACCCCACUGAGUCAUGAUCAUCAUCACUUCUGCUGCAAAACCCGUGACUGCUGCUGCUCGCUCUCUCUCACUCUCUGUAUCUCCGUGUUUAUCGAGUCAUUGUUGGAGAUGCAGCGAUCCAUGUGUAGAGCUAGUGAUGUCACUGAGCAAGGCAUGUUGCAAGAGAGAAGACGACUGUCAUAGUAUGACCUCAGGAAAGACUCGGCCAGAGGACGGACUGACCGGAAGCUGUAAAUGGAUGGAGACAUGAGGGGAAAGAAUCUGGCACAUUUGCUGAAGCUUUGGAGUGACUGAGGAAAGGAAAGAAGACAGAUAAAGAUGGCAGAUUCCUACUGACACAUUUGCUGAAAGGCGAUAAGGGAUAAUGUUUUUUUCCUUCUGACAAUGGAUGACGCAAGUAACGGUGCUGUGGGAUGACACGCAGAAAUGGCACCAGCAUCACAACAAAUAUGGAGCAUAAUACACUGACAGUUUGCAGUUAAUGAGUGUGGGGCAGAAGGGACAUAUGAUGAGAACGGGCAGAUUGUCACUAAUCAUGACUGUGUGCCAGCUGGCAACUGCUAAGCAUGCUGGGACGGAAGAAGCGGACACUGACUAACGGACAGCACUAGUAACUAGUAAGACCCAUGCUGGGACAUUGUUUUUGCCAAAGAUGUUUCACCUAAGUAUGCUGGGACACUGCAAACGAUACAGCUGUCCGUCAGAGCAGUGAGGAUGAACAGACGAGGCCAGACCAGAGGUCAGAGGUUUGUCAAGGCAGACUACUACGAGCUGGACUGGUACUAUGAGGAGUGUACUGAUGUACUGUGUGCUGACAGAGUGGGCCAGAUGACGAAGACCUACAGUGACAUUGAUGCCGUCACUCGACUGUUGGAGGAGAAAGAGCGCGACUUGGAGUUGGCAGCUCGCAUCGGACAGUCGCUGCUGAAGAAAAACAAAGCUCUCAGUGCGAGGAACGAGCUGCUGGAGGAGCAAGUAGAGCACAUGCGAGAGGAGGUGUCUCAGUUGCGUCACGACUUGUCCAUGAAAGAUGAGCUGUUACAGUUCUAUACCAGCGCUGCUGAGGAAAGUGAGGGGGAGUCUACCACCUCCACACCUGUGCGUCCCAGUGAAAACAAUGUGUCAACUCCCAUUUCUUUCCCCCUGGACUCCUUGCAGAAGAAACUCAAAGAUCUGGAGGAUGAAAAUAAAUCAUUACGAACUGAGGCCAGUCAUUUGGAGACAGAAACUAUCUCUUAUGAGGAGAAAGAGCUGCAACUUGUCAAUGACUGUGUCAAAGAACUACGUGAUGCCAACCUGCAGAUGUCCUCUCUGGCUGAAGAGCUUGCCAGGAAGACUGAGGACGCCUCCAGACAGCAGGAGGAGAUCACACACCUCCUCUCCCAGAUAGUAGACCUCCAGAAGAAGGCCAAGAUGUAUGCCGUGGAGAACGAGGAGCUGACUCAGCACUUAGGUGCAGCCAAAGACGCCCAGCGACAGCUCACUGCUGAAUUGCAAGAGUUACAAGAUAAGUAUGCAGAGUGCAUGGAGAUGCUUCAUGAGGCUCAGGAGGAGCUGAAGAACCUCAGAAAUAAAACUCUACCGCUCAGCACAACGAGGCGUUUCCAUUCUCUGGGUCUGUUCCCAAUGGACUCUCUGGCGGCAGAAAUAGAGGGCACCAUGAGGAAGGAACUUCAGAUGGAUGUUCCAGACGUAGAAGAGCAGAGACUGCAACCUAAGCGAGUGUUCCAGACCGUGAAAAACCUGAACCUGAUGCGUCAGCAGCGUUCAUCGCUAGCCCCCUCCCCCCUCAACAUCCCAGGCUCCAAUCGGACAUCAUGCCUCACCUCGGGGCUCUCCAGCAGGGUGGGCACGCCGCACUCCGACUCCAUAUAUGGUAGCGACACGGGAAGCGGGAUCAUCCUGGACAACAGGACUAGCAGUAUCCUGGAGAGUCGAGACGAUGGGUCAGAGGACUCUAACAAGCGGCCCCCUGGUACUCCGGGGACCCCCGGCAGCAGGGACCUGGAGGCAGCCCUGCGGCGUCUGUCCCUCCGCCGCGACAACUACCUCUCAGAGAAACGCUUCUUCGACGAUGAGAGGGAGAGAAAGCUGGCGUAUCUGGCCAAAGAGGAAGAAAAGGGAGGUGAGGGGAGCAGUGGAGGCCCGGGCACACCGGCGGAGAGCCUGCUGUCGCUGUGUUCGCAUCCCUCCUUCGGAAGCGUGUGGUCGGGGUACUCCAUGUCAGCCAGAUCCUACCUGCCCGAUAAGCUGCAAAUUGUAAAGCCGCUAGAAGGCUCUGCUACUCUCCAUGCAUGGCAGCAGUUGGCUCAGCCCCACAUGGGCGCUCUGCUGGAUCAUCGGCCCGGUGUGGUCACGAAGGGCUUCCGCACUUUAGAACACGAGCAGGAGCAAGAAGAACCUUGGCACCUGGACCAACCGGAGGAGGACGAAGUUUCGUGCGACUCAUUCACCGGCUUGUCGGGAGGGAGCUCUGCUCCCAUGGAUCCGCCUCGCUCUACCUCUUCUCCGUCCGCCUGCUGCAACAAAAACAAAGACGUCGAUGACGAUAGCCAAAUAGAAACAAUGCAAGGCAACAUGUGCAGGGCAAGAGAAGCGAUUCUAGCAAAAGAUGGACAUGUUGCAAAUGUACCUCUUUCCUUCUCUUGCCUCUCCCCUUCUUCUCCUCCUCCUCUCCCCUCUUCUUCCGAGAUGAACGGGCACGUGGACCUCAAGGAGCUCCAGGACCGUAUGCCUGUUCAUUUCCCAGGCAAGAGUAUGUCCAACACCAGCUCCACAUACACCUUCACCACCUGCAGGAUUCUCCACCCUUCUGACCAGCGGACCUCUGUGUCCCCAAGCUCAGCUCUAGCCUCUUGUCAGAGCAGCGCUUGCAUCGGCACCCCUACCCCCACCUGCUCUCCUGUUCCCUUCUCUUCCCCGCCCACACCGUCGUACACCCCCUGCUGCACCCCACGCCGCCUCUCCCUCUCCCUCUCACUGGCGGAGUCCUCCACCAACCUCAGGGACUCCACCAAGACCACCAGCACUUCCCUGGGCCUGGUGCGCCUCCUGCUGGAGCACGGGAUUUCUGCCUCGGUGUACGAUCCUCGCAGCUGGGACCGAGGGUUGGAUGCCAGCGGAGCUUCGACACCCGUGGGAGGAGCGCAGGCGCAGCGGAGUGUCGGCAUACCGGAGGAGACUGAACACAGGCGAUUGGUGAAACGGCCAGACACCCUCCUCCUCCAGCCCUCCAUCCCCCCGAACUCCCCUCGUUCCAAAUCGGCCUCUUCUACCACCAACCGCCCAGUUUUUCAGUUCAGCCCUUCCGCUGAUGACCCGCCAUUUUAUGACACCUUCCUCGCCUCUAAGCCAGCUCGAACUAUUCUGAGGGAAGUGCUCGGGGAGGCGGAGAGGGAGCAAACGGAUGACGACGGCCAAACGGAGAAGCUGAACCUGCGGCUUGUGGACAAACUGAAACGCUUCCGCACCCUCUCCUCUCGUGCCGGUUCUGUUUCAUCUGGGAGUACUCUCUUGGCCCCCUUUGGCACUUCCGGACUGGGGAACAGUGCACUGGGUGGGGGGCUUCCAGGUUUGAAUGCAGGGCUCAGGAGGAAUCGAAGCUAUCCUGCCAUGGUCGGGGCUAGUAUGGCUAUGAAAGACCCGGGAGGCCCCCCCAGCACAGAGAUAGUCAUACCGCAUACGAUGCAAACCCCACAUACCCAACACACAGUGCACACACAGGAAAUGGACAAAGUGCAAUCAAAUCACACACUGGCCUGUAUACCACAGACACUAUGUGAACUGGAAACGGUCACACCAGAGUUAAAACAGAGACGCACCCGGCCAAGCGACGGACUGUGGCAUUUAACAAGCAAUGACCAACACAGCGAUGAUGAAGCUGGGACAUAACGGGAGAUAUCCAGUGUAUUAGCUCAUAUUACAACACACUGCAACUCACGUUUUACAGUACCAUACACAUACAGCAUUACACAUGUGCAAACAUAACAUUUUUCAAAACCAAAUACCCUUAUGACUAUAUAGACAUCCUUCAGCUAUCCACAGACCAAACAGCUAGAGUGAUGAACAGCAGUGCAGUCCACCUACAGACUCAACUAAACCAAGUCCGCUCUCCUAACCAGUCCAGUCCCCAGUAGUGGUUGACAUUGUUACACUGUUUUAUACUCGUAUGCUGUCAGACCAAACUAAUGAUGAUGGAGUAUGUUGCUUUCCUCUGUGCCCAUUGUAAUUGUGUAUUGCAUAUGCAAUAUGCUGUGUCAUACAUAGUUUAAUAUUAAUGGCCCAAUCUGGUGGAAGUACUGCAGAGCUUUCCCACAACACUUUUCUGUCUCAUUUUCCUUCUCAACCUGAAUAAUGCACUUUAAAAUACAAAAACAAUAUAUGCAUUUAAUGUACUGUGCUGACCCAAAUGAUGCAAGGUGACAGUUCAUUGCUUCAGACAAAGGUUGUUUGUCGCCUUCAUGUCGCUUUCAUAGCAAGUUUCUGCCGUGGCACUGCAACACAAAAAGCCCAUCAGACCAUCAUAACCAACACAUCUAUAAAACGGGUUGACGGCAGAAAAAAGGUAUUUUUCAUUUUGGUCUUUUUAAUUAAGGACCAGAGUGCAGGAUUUAGUUGAAUCUAUUGGCAGAAAUGGAAUAUCAUUUUCAAUCUACAACCACACCGCAAGAUGGCACUAAAUCCUACAGCCCUUUAAAUAUUUGACACUUGUGAAAACUUUGUCAGAGUGAAGCAAGUGACUGUUUUAUGCGUCAUGUCACCUCAGUGUUGGAGCUGAGACUAAGGAUGGAGAGACUAAUGUCAAAGCUAACCAGGAAGACAACAAAAGAGAGAUACAGUCAUAGUUAAGAGGGCUGCUAGUCUAUUACCGGAGCCUAAAUGUAAGGGUCGGCUUAUAUAUUUAUUUUUUUCAUACUGUACUGUAUUUUUAUUUAAAUGUGGCAACACAUUCAAACAUGGUUAGUUUUCCUACCUUUUUAAUUUCAAAGUGCAAAAUAUUGUCACCUUAUAUUCGGGCCACUGGUAUGUUUACGUCCUUAAUUGCUCCGGAGUUAAAUGGAAUUGUCACAUGCAGUAGCAUUGGCCCUAGAGAUUAUUUUCUACCAGCAACUCUUUUUUUUUUUUUUUUUUUUCUCUCCUCUCUGCAUGUAAUAUGUAUUAGAAUCCAGAUUGGGACUUUAAUGUGCGAUCUCACUGUGACUCACUGUUCCUAUGUGCCUAUUAACAGCCAACAUACUGUAUCUCAUUGGAGUAUGGGUUUGCAUUUGUAUUAUUUGAUUAGUUAGUCAUUUUAAUGCAGUAGAGAGUGCAUGAGAACAACUGUGCAGAUCAAUGUAUUUGCAUCUGAACCUGCUGAAGGUCCCCACAUAUUCUCAUUUCUAUUUGUUUUUGUCUCCUACGGAGUUUGGGUGAAGCAUCCCCUUCAGUUAAAAUCCACAGGUACAUGUAGCAUAUGAACGGUGAUGCAGAACAGGUCCAGCUACACAGACGCCCGUUAAAACACUGUGACUACAGACAGCAAGAGGCCCGACCGGCACAAAACACUAAACUUGUUUUGACAGAUUCGCUUUUUAAACCUGGAUCACAUCCAUCGCAUACAUACUGACCGCAUACAAUUUAUUUUGUCGAAAUCAAACAAGCUUGUGGGUGGAGGAAAAAAAGCAAUGUUAAUCAUGAUGGAAAUGUGUAUGUUUCUGAAUGUAACUGUAAAAAGGAGUAACUUGAAAUAUCCAAAUGUUGGUUUUAAGAGCGAGAGACUGAGCUUUCAUCACAGUUUUGUUGCUGAAGGAAGGUUUUUGGGAUCUCUGACCCACUGACCCACUCUCGGGAACACCCCAGACAUCUAGCACACUUUAUGUAAAUCUUACUCGGCUAUAUUUGAAAAGAGAGCAUCACUGUUAAGAUCGAUCCCUUGCACCCUCAUGCUGAUCAUGUAGGUGUCCGUUAGAGUCUGAAGUCGGACACUGGGACUGGGUGACUGCUUGUCCGACUGACAGUGAAUGAAUGGACAAAAUGGCCGGCUCUGAUGCCGGCAGUGAUCUAUUGAAGUCCUUAAUGAUUAAGGGAUUGAACUAGUCCACGAUAUUGAGUGGGAGAUUAAUAAUCAUUAAAUAUAUUUAUUAAAUAUUUGGGUUAUUAGAAGCACACAUACAACUGAAUGUCCAUUGUAGAUGUUUGAGUGAAGGGACCUUUGCAGAUUGUAUUUAUGUUUUUAACAGUCGCACUGACAUUUUGAAUCAUAUUUCAUUGGACAGUUUAUGUUCUGGUUAAAUGAUAAAUAUUUCUCCGGCGCUAGUAGCUACACAGAUAUUUCCAAAGGGUACAGUUAGAUGUACACGCCAACAGUACAUUGAUGCUGCCAUAAUGGUUGCACAUUUGGGGUGAGAAACAAUUUAUACCAAGUUCUAAGACUGAAAUGAGGAGUUGUGUGCGUUUGUGCUUGCUUUUCUGUGUCAAACUGAAUCAUCUGAAUGUAAGUUAUUACAAACAGCACUCCUGCUGUAGGGCCAUACACAUGUGUACAGUAUGUUGAUUUAUUUUCAGUUUGUGUUAACCUCAAAGGGGGAACUGUUAUUACAUUGUAAUGUAUGCAACACAUAUAGUCAUGCUAACUUUUUCUUUUUUUAAAGAUGAACUGUAACGGUCGAACAAAAAUACAGGGAAUUAAGUUGUUUAUUUUCAGUAAAGAGGGAAAGAAACUUUUCUGUUCAGGGACUGAAGUGUUUUGUUCUACAGAACAGACCGCACCGUCAAUAAAUAUGAAUACAUUAA